AUGGCAACUAUAUCUCCUCAUCCUCCAAAUGAUCCAGAUUUGGAAGUUAAAGUUAAAAAAGCUUUGGAAAGAGUGAGCGAGAAUAUCCACAUAUCUGCCAAUGAACCAUCUCUAGCUGUAUAUCGUCUCCAGGAGCACGUCAGACGAGCAUUACCACCAACAGUCACUCGUCGACAGCAUGUCACUUCACUUCAUUCUCAACUGCAGGGCGCUUGUUAUGAUGUGGAGUAUGCCCUAGGAGCUGUGAGGGGAAUGCAAGAUUCAAAUGAAAAAUUCUUAUCACUUGUUGAAUUGUUGAAGAACUCGAUAUUUCUUCGUCAGCAGCUCAAAUUCGAACAGACGCGAAGGAAACAACGAGAGCCAAGCAUGUACAAGCGACUGUCAUCACACAUUACCAGUAUAGAUCUUCCCGACCUACCAGAUCUUCCAGAUGCAUUUCGUGAGACCGCGUCAAGGGUCGAAAGCGCCCUCCAACACGCAAGAAAUUCGUACGAGAGCCACACACGUAAAGGGGAAAAGAAGGAUUCCACAGAAAAAUCAGGUAGUAAAGAAGAGGAGACGAGCGACGAAGAAAAAGAUAAGGCUUCAAGUGAAUGAUGAUGUAGUUACAUGAUAGCAUCCAGUAUUUAUGUUAAUGUUUGGUAAUGUGUGAAUAAAUAAAUUUAUAUUAUGUGAUAUUGAAUGAAUGGAGAAAAAUUUUCAUGUUUAGUGUACUUCAUGAUUGCAUGCGUAUUUUUCAAGGAAGAUAACAUUUUCACAGUACCCUUAUACUGUCUUAUAUUUUCAUGAAUGGAGUUAACAUAUCAGCAAGAAUUGCCUGUUAUGUAUUAUAAUUCACUGGGAUUUUGAUUGCUUUUGACACGUUUGAAUAAUUCUGAAUAUCUUCAAAUAUACAAUAUUAUACAGCAUUA